AUGGGAAAAGAAUUUCCCCAACGAACUCCAUGCAUCACCUUUUAAGCCAUUCUUUUAUUCUCCAGCAGCGGCACUGGUUCCGGGGACUUUUUCAAAUGUUGGGACUCAAUUUGUUCUAGAAAAGCAGCAAUGAUGAGUAGGUUUUAAGCAAAACGGGCCACAUGGAUUAGGGUCGUUUUUGUUAUUUUUCUGAAACUGCCGUUGAUUUACCCAACGUUGAGUUCCCCAAGUUCCACUCUAAGAGAUGGGUCUUUCCCCUUAUGUGGAAGGAGGAGGGGUUGACCUAGAGCUUGUGUCCUGAUCAGGCAACUUAAGUGAGAUUAGGGAGUUGCUGUUUUGCCCCACAAUUGGUGUUUCUCUGAAGUAGUUGUCUUUGUUUUUGCAGUUUCAGAAAGGAGAUAAAUUUGGGGUUGGGUUUCUGGGUGACAUUUGCUUCAGAGUGGUAGUUUUGGGGGCAAAAGAUUGGUGGAGUUUGUUUUAAGCAUGAAAAUGGGAUGGUUUGUUGAGGUUUGUGAGGAUUGAUUCGGCUCUUAAAUUGGGUUUCUCUAGCUGAAGCUCUGCUACUGGAAGUUUUAUUCAUCCUGCAUUUGAAAUAUGGCUUGUACGAAAUUGGGAUCCAAAACUGAUGCAUUCCAGAGGCAAGGGCAAGCUUGGUUCUGCACAACCGGGCUGCCAAGUGAUAUUAUUGUUGAAGUUGGGGAGAUGUCUUUCCAUCUCCACAAGUUUCCUUUACUUUCUAGAAGUGGGGUUAUGGAAAGAUUAAUGGUGGAAGCAUCUGAGAGAGAGGAAGAGGGCUGCAUCAUCAAGCUCCCUGACAUCCCUGGCGGGGCUAAAACAUUUGAAUUUGUAGCCAAAUUCUGCUAUGGGCUGAAACUUGAAUUAACCUCCUCAAAUGUUGUGUACCUUCGGUGUGCUGCUGAGCAUCUUGAAAUGACAGAACGCUAUGGGGAGGGCAAUCUUAUUUCACACACUGAAAUAUUUCUAAACCGAGUUGUCCUCCAUAGUUGGAAAGAGGCUCUGAAGGCACUUCAAACCUGUGAUGAUAUUCUCCUUCACGCUGACAAACUCCAUGUCACAAAGAGAUGCAUCGAGUCCUUAGCUGCAAAGGCAAGCACUGACCCAAAUGUAUUUGGAUGGCCUGUUAUAGAACAUGGUGGACCCAUGCAGAGUCCUGGAGGAAGUAUAUUGUGGAAUGGCAUAAGUACAGGGGCUAGGCCAAAAAGGUCUAGAUCAGAUUGGUGGUAUGGAGAUGUGUCAAAUUUGAGUUUUCCCAUUUACAAGAGAUUAAUUUCUGCCAUGGAAUCUCAUGGAAUCAAGCAGGAGAUUAUUGCGGGGUCUCUCACUCUCUAUGCAAAAAGAUACCUCCCAGGACUAUAUCGGCGUCAGGAUACCAGUGAAGCUAGCACUCAUCUGGCUCCCACCCCGCCAUCUGAAGAAGAUCAGAAGCUUUUAAUUGAAGAAAUGGACCAACUGCUUCCAAUGCAGAAGGGCUUAGUCUCUGAAAAAUUCCUCUUUGGUCUGCUCCGUACAGCCAUCAUUCUUCAGGCAAGUUCCUCUUGCAUAGCAAACUUAGAAAGGAGGACAGGGAUGCAGCUUGAUCAGGCAACUUUGGAAGAUCUCUUGAUGCCCAACUUCUCGUAUUCCAUGGAGACUCUUUACAAUAUUGAAUGUGUGGAGAGAAUUCUUCAGCACUUUCUGGCCAUCGACCAGGUGACUGGUGGGGCCUCCCCUUGUUCAGUUGAUGAAGGCCAGCUGAUGGAGUCACCUUCUUUGGCACCAAUCACAAUGGUAGCCAAGUUAAUGGAUGGAUACCUUGCAGAGGUUGCCCCAGAUAGUAAUCUGAAGCUCCCCAAGUUUAUGUCUCUUGCUGCUGCUGCUCCUGACUACGCCAGGCCAUUGGAUGAUGGUCUUUAUCGCGCAAUUGACAUUUAUCUGAAGUCACACCCAUGGUUGGCAGACUCCGAUCGGGAGCAACUUUGCAGGCUGAUGAACUGCCAGAAGCUAUCCUUGGAAGCAUGUACCCAUGCUGCGCAGAAUGAGAGGUUGCCCCUUAGAGUAGUAGUCCAAGUGCUCUUCUUUGAGCAGCUUCAGCUAAGGACUUCGAUUGCGGAUUGCUUCCUUGUGUCUGACAGCCUUGACAGUUCAAGACAAUUCAAGAGCGGCUUGGUGGGGUCUACAGAAGGCGGCUGGGCUACAGCCGUGAAGGAGAACCAGGUUUUAAAGGUAGGCAUGGAUAACAUGAGGAUGCAGGUUUCUGAGCUGGAGAAGGAGUGUUUGAACAUGAGGAGAGAGAUCGAAAAGUUGGGUCAAGCGAAGGGAACGAGCUUGUGGGCAAGCGUGCCCAAGAAGUUCAGGUUCAGGACGAGGUCUCAAAUAUGCAGUGCUCAAGAGGGCUCUGUUAGCAACCCGAACAAUGGAGUUGGAAAUUUUGAGAAGGCAAAAGACAAUCAUGGAAAGCAUAAGAAGAGCUUGUCUUUGGAUGGCUGACCCCUCUUUUCUGUUACUUCUUGAAAUGUUUUCCGAGUUCUUAUUGUUUGUUUCUGUACCUUUUAGUUUAGGAGACUAAGGACCUGUCUUAAAUGCAAAAUAUAAUUUGGUACUUCAUAGCAUUCUUGUCUGACCUAUGUUUUGGGAUUUCUCGCUUAAGUGAAGUCUUGUAUUUUUCGUUUUGUCGGGAAAAAAUUGUAAUACUCACUCUUGAAAUGAAAUUUUAUGUAAUUGUAAGAAUUACUUCUCAUAUUUUAUAAAUAA